AUGUCUGUCGUCGUGAGACGAAAGGUGAUUGUCGUAGGCGAUGCCAACUGCGGCAAGGCUGGCCUCUUGAGAGUCUUUGUCCACGGCUGCUUCCCCGAAGUCAGUACUGGUAUGUCCUUUGAGGAAUGUCAUACCAGUCUAAACGUGGUCUACCUGACGCUAUGGAACACGUCGGGCCAAGAGGACUAUCACAAUCUGCGGCCUGUCUCCUACCUGGAUGCCGAUGUCUGUAUCGUCUGCUUUUCCAUUGGCAGCCACGAUUCUCUGGAGUCGGCGUCAGAGAGAUGGGAAAAAGAGGUGAGACUUGUAAUUUUGUUGCGCCAACAUGGAAUGUACUUUCCUGUUUCGAGAACUCUCUGUAGUUAG